UUAGGCUCUGAAAUAUUGAUGGGACAAUUUGACAUUUAACAGUUAAAUGUCAGUAUGUUUCUCUGCUGUUUCCAGCAGCUGAUAAAUUUCAAAGAAAGAGCCAAGUGCAGGAGACAACAGUCACUAAAACCAAUAAACACGAGAAAAGACUAAGUUAAAAGAGCUAGUAAAUGACAGAGGAUAAGUAUUUAGGCACAACGCAAGUCAUUUAAAAAAAGGUCACUGCUUUGAAGAUGUUGAAUUAUUAGAGGACUAAAGAACAAGGCCACUAUGACAUUACAGCGCUGACUGUAAUGUGAAAGUGGCCUUGUUAUUCGACUGACGCACUUUUUAUUCAGAUAGGAAACUUACGAGAUAUCCGGAUCAGAUAAACCUGCUGCUGAUGCCUUGAUCCGUCGGUUCUUCUGAGAAAUGGGUCAUUACCUGAUUGUGGGCGUGGACUUCCACAUGUCAUGUGACUCCAAAUCCAAAAGGGGGGACUCCCCCGUUUCCCCACCUUCACCUGACUUUAUCUGAAGUAUCGAGAAGGAAGAGAUUUGCUUCAAAACAAAAUGUUGAUAGUGUGGAGAUAAGACGCGGGGAUAAUUAACUGUAUUUACAUCAAACCCACCCGGCGUAAACCCCCCGGCUCUCAUCCAUUGGCUGCUGGUGGGGGGUGGAGGUUGUGGCUGCUGUGUUAUCCCAGGGGCCCGAGCAUAUAAAUAUAAAAGGUGCUGACAGGUGCCCUCACCUCAUGUUAGCGUCAAGGAUGUGGAUGCUCUUCUUUGCGAGUGCCUUGCUGGGGGUGUUGGGAUCAGAGGAAACGCCCCCCGAUGUCUCUCAGCAGCAGCAGCUUCGGGCCCUUCACUGUCCGCCCUGCGAGCGCAUACACUGCUCCUCCAGGAGGGCCCUGAAGCUCCAGUGCAAAGGAGGCGUCACCACGGGAGUGUGCGGCUGCUGCCCCGUGUGCGCCAGGACAGAGGGCGAGACCUGCGGGGGCACGUGGGACUACGUGGGCAAGUGCGAUGAGGGGCUGGUGUGCGUUUAUCAGGAGCCAGCGGCCGGAAAACCGGAGGCGGAACGGAAGGGGAUCUGCAAAGCGGUGAUUGAACCGCUGGACCCGGAGAGCUGUCACCCUGAAUGCACCGCGGAGUACUGCCGGGACAACCCGUCAAACAUCUGCUCUGCCAGGUUUGUGUCUGUGGAGCAGAAAGCGUGCCAGGGCUCCUGCCGGCACACCUCCUGCUCCAGCUGUCUCCUGGUGAAGCGGCCUCAGUGCGCACAGACCUGCGCCUCGUCCGACUCCGCCUGCCUACACCGCUUUGGGAAGUGCGUGCACAAUCACCUGAGAGCAGAUCCCAACCCUGUGUGCCACAACGCCUUGCAGAAUACCUGCGAGGGUCUUUUUGUGUGCUUGGUCCCGGACUGUCCAAAUGCAACCAAGUGAUUGUUUGUUUAAGGGGAAGAAAACCAGAGGAAAUCCCGACUAGUUCCUGUAGCAAAAUUAUAAACGGCAGCUAUCUUUAAAGUCUGUGAAUAACUUCAUUCAAUUUUAUACAGUGUAAAUCUAAAAAACAAAACAAAACAAUGAAGUGACUUGUAUUUGAAAUUAUGAGAAAUAAACUGUGGUAUAAAACUGAACUGUCUGUGG